AUGGUGGUCACAGUUCUUCGACAGGUACAAGUACUUGCAGCCUCCCCCACAGACAAGAAGAAAGAGAUGUGGGCCAGAUAUUACAAGGUAGAAGACGAGAGGAAAAUCGAAGGUUGGCUUGGCGAACUCAGGAUGCACUGCGGCUUCAAAGGCUCUGAUCAAGGACAGCCCGUCCUUUGUGAAUUCAAGGCGGGUGGCUUUCACAAUCCUAAUCAGCAGGGGAGGCCAUGCUGGGUCUCGGUGCAAAGCAAAUCUUCAGUGUCACUCUUGCAGGGCCCUAGCAGGUUUCGGACCGCUGGAAAGAAUCUGAUUUGCGGUGACUUCGUGGAGGCUGUGGAAGAAGUCGUCGCCUGCGGGCAGACCUUCUACAGGCUGGUAGACGGGCAUUGGGUUGCCAGGGAAGAUUCAAGUGGAAAGGUCGCAUGUGACCUCCUGGUGAGAGAAAGCCACAAGUGGAUCUAUGUUUGCAACGACAAGGACGGAGCGCAGGUUCGGGAGACCCCAACUCGGUCAAAUGCGAAGAACAGGGGGAAGAGGCUGAAAUACAGGCAACGUGUGAACAUCUCGGAGAAGGUCACCACCUAUGCCAACGAGGUCUUCUUGAAGCUCGCUGAUGAGAAGAAAGGUUGGGUCCCAGCGACCAAGCUCAACUCCAGCGUGGUGAAGAUGGCCGGGCUCCUCUUCAACCUCUGGAGCAAAACACAAGGCCUCCCAUGGGUGCUCCUGGUGGCCCCCAGCCUUGUGGCCCCGGCCAGCCUUGUGGCCCCGGCCAGCCUUGUGGCCCCGGCCAGCCUUGUGGCCCCUGUGGAGCUGUUCCUUGGAGCGUUUGUUCUGGUGAACGGCUAUGCCAAUGGUUACGGCUACGGUGCUGCGCCACAGCAGAGUUAUGCUCCGCCAGCCACUCAAUAG